AUGCCUCUCGCACGCCAGCCUGAUUCGGACGACGACAAUUCGGAAAAGCCUUGUGGAGAAGAGGGGGGAGGACAGCUAGUACCUCAAACGUCCCAAAUGAUUACCUCCUCGAGUGAGGGGCUCAAUGAAGUCCAGCAGCAGAAGACGGACAACGAACCGCUCCCGUCGUCGAACACUGAGGCUAAGCGAAAGGUUCGGCUCACGUUGAUGAUGGAUGAUGGAAGGAGCAUGCAGAUGAUUCUCUCCCGUACUCUCCCUUGCUCGAAAAUCUUCCGCGCUGUUGAGAAGAAAUUCAACAUACAGCGAGGAAUAUUACGAUAUCGGUAUGAGGAUCGCCCUGUGGGUGAGGCUGAUACACCCGAUAGCCUUGGAAUGGAUGAUGAAGAUCAUAUAGACGCAAAUAUCGAGCAGGUCUACGCGGCGAAUCAGGGUCACGUAAACGCGCAGGUCGCGUCUUGUGGUGGUGGCCUCAUCAUUCCGCCUUCGUUCCGCGCGUCAUCCCACCGACAAUCCAUUUCCAGCUUCCAGCAAGUCAUGCCAUCGUACGAGGAGGAGGAGGAGAUUGACGAGCAGCAACAAGAAGAACGGCCCUCGGAAUCUCAGGCAAAAAAGAAGUUGCGCCUAACUAUUCAGUGUCAAGGACAGGAAUGUCAGGUCGACGUGAGUGCGACAACCCAAUUCGGGAAGGUGUUCGAGGCUGCCUACAAACGCUUCAACAAGAAGAAGGGCACGCUGAGAUUCCUCUACGAGGGUGGGCGGAUACGAGAUAGCGACACCCCGAAAAUGCUGGAGAUGGAGUCUGGAGAUGUGAUCGAUGCAGAGCUCGAGCAGCUCGGUGGUGGUCCGUGGUGA